AUCUGAAGUUUGAAAAGGGUAAACAUUUUUGUCAUUAACAUUUUAAUGAUUAUGUGCAACAAAUAGGGCAGCACGGUGCAACAGGGGUUAGUGCAUGUGCCUCACAAUACGAAGGUCCUGAGUUCAAUCCCGGGCUCGGGAUCUUUCUGCGUGGAGUUUGCAUGUUCCCCCCGGGCACCCCGGCUUCCUCCCACCUCCAAAAACAUGCACCUGGGGAUAGGUUGAUUGGCAACACUAAAUUGGCCCUAGUGUGAAUGUUGUCUGUCUAUCUGUGUUGGCCCUGCGGUGAGGUGGCGACUUGUCCAGGGUGUACCCCGCCUUCCGCCCGAAAGCAGCUGAGAUAGGCUCCAGCACCCCCCGCGACCCCAAAAGGGACAAGCGGUAGAAAAUGGAUGGAUGGAUGUGCAACAUUUCGGCGCUUAUCUGUUCUGUUAAGAAAAUCCAAGUUGUUACUAAGCAAUGUUGUUUCUGGUUUAAUUUAUCAAAACGUGUUCUGCUUUAUUUUCCGUAAACGGUAUUUCUGAACCAUUUAAUUUUUUUGACAUUAUCCCCAAGCGUUGACAAAAUCCACACAUUUUUGCACAAUUAAAACGUUUAUCCGCGACAGAGCUGCUACUUAAUACUUUCACUAGAGGAGGCGGGCUAUCGUCAACUAGUAUUCUUGGCCUCCCCUCAUUGGCUGGAGGAAAAUGGCAAACUCUCUCCUCAUUGGCUGGUUCGUCUGUCCGUCUUAAGGUCCUUCCAGAUCAGACCGGUACUUUGAUAAACAAGAGCUUCGAUUGGCGACAUUUAAAUACGAUUUACUCCCAAUUUGUCAUUUAAAGUAGACUAAUCAACGUUAUGUUCGUGUUAAGUUCACUUUUUUUAUCCGUAAAAGACUGCUUCGUCGCGUCGCGAAAUGAAGGUUUCGUGAAGGCUUGUAUUUGAAACCGGAAACGCUCCAAUAUCUCUACAUAUUUGCAGGAGUUUAACAAACAGCUGGAACUAACUAAACACUAAAAGUAACUUGUGUGUCUCACUUUGGAUGUAAGUUAGAUAAGACUAAGACCUCCUUUUAAACAGUUUUGAUGGUCGAUGUCGCACUUUCUCGCUCGGCGUGACCCCGCCCACACAUUCCAGUCGGUCUGGUCCGUGAGGAAGAAGAAGAAGAGGAGGAGAGACAAGGAAGGACAAACGGCAGGAAAACAAAAAGUUUACCGCGGAAGAACUUUUCUUGUUUGUUGUGCCGGAGGAGGACCCAGCAGGACCAUGGAGAUCCUGGACUCCACCGAAGCCUUCAUGCAUUGGGACCGGAACCUCAGCGAGCUGUCCGAGGCUGCGGACAUGGACUGUGGUCUCUACACUAAUCACUUCUCUGAGCUCCUGGACGACCUCUCCCAAGACGCUCUGCUGGGCCAGCUCCUCAGCGACCCCUUCCUGUCCGGCGGGGUGAGAGGCGGCGCGGACACCGUGGAGGGCGGCGACCUGUGCCCCUCCUCACCGCUGCCCCCGCACAUCACGGCCGAGCACAGCUACUCGCUGUGCGGCGACAGCCGGCCGCAGUCGCCGCUGUCGCACUUGACUGGUGAACAUGGCAGCGAUGCAGAAUCUGACGGCGACUCUGCCGAGUGGGUGAUGGACCAGGACGAAGCCAUGGAAGGCCUCCUGUGUGACGCCCCCUCCUCCCUCCUGCCUGCCUUCUCUCUCUCCCUGGGCUCCGCUGAGGAACCCCUGGCCCCCGAGGCUCCCGCCGUCGCCCCCGCCAGCCCCGCUCGGACCCCCGUCAGCAGCCCCCAAGACAGAAGCAUCAAGGUUAAGGAGGAGAGCGUCCUCCCUCAGAUUAAACUGGAACCUCACGAGGUGGACCAGUUUCUCAACAUGUCCGCCAAAGGUCUGGAUGCUCUACAGAUGCCACCCACGCCUCCCAGCUCCCACGGCAGCGACUCGGAGGGCAGCCACAGCCCCGUGCACGCCCCUCCGAGCUUGUCCCGCCCCACCUCGCCCGCCAGUCCGCCUCCCGCCCAGGCGGGUCUGAAGGCGUCGCCCCGCGGGUCCUCCUCCUCCUUGUCCAACUCCCCUCUGCUCACCGCCCCCCAUAAACUUCAAGGCUCCGGACCGCUGAUGCUGACUGAAGAGGAGCGCCGCACGCUGGUCGCCGAGGGUUAUCCCGUUCCCACCAAGCUGCCACUCACCAAGGCAGAGGAGAAGGCGCUGAAAAAGAUUCGCCGGAAGAUCAAGAAUAAGAUUUCAGCUCAGGAGAGUCGCAGGAAGAAGAAGGAGUACAUGGACACCUUGGAGAAGAAGGUGGAGACAUGCUCCAAUGAAAACAGUGAUCUGCACAGGAAAGUGGAGACGCUGGAGUGCACCAACAAGUCUCUCCUGCAGCAGCUUCAGUCCUUGCAAGCUUCACUCUCAGGAAGAGUGUCCAAGUCGUGCCGAGCAGCGAGCACACAGACGUCCUCCUGCCUGAUGGUGGUGGUGUUGUGUUUCGCUCUCUUUUUGGGCAGUUUCUACCCCGGCAGCCUGUCCUCGUCUUCCAGCAUCGCCGAGAGCGGCUUGACCUCUCGACAGAUGGCCGCCAAAGAGUCCUACUCAACGACAGUCAAGUCGAGAAGUCUCUUGUCCACCUUUGAGGACGAGCCGCCGCACCUCCUUGGCCUGGGCGGCGAGUACCCCGACCACUGGGAGGACACGCCCGCCGUCGUCAUGGCAGCGUGGCGCCGCUCAGAGCAACAGAGAGUGUCAGCGGAGGCUCGCCCGCCUUUCAGGAAUAAAAUGAACGCCACGCUCACGCCAAAGAACCUGCACAGGCCUCUGGACCAGAGGACCAACGGGAGCAGGACUAGAACGCUGGCAUUGGAGCCAACGGUCAACGAGACCUCCUGAGGUCCAAACGCCGCCCGGAACCCCCUCGUCCGCAAAGAUUCAGUGUAGUAAAUAAUCCUCCGACUCUUCCACGUCUUUUUUUUUUUUCUUUUCCCAAUCUGUCCACAGGGAGGAGUGACGUAGAAAAUAGGAAUAAUGUCGGCGCUCUUGUUAGCGUCAUCGCUGAAGUAAAGCUGCACUGAAUAUGAGUUAUUACAAGUCAUCCUUGCCAGUGAAGAAUGGAGCAUAUGAUGAGAGAGUAGAUGAGAGGCUUUUUUUUACGGGACACUGAAUUUUAUAUUUAUAUAUAUAUAUAUAUAUUUGUUUUCCUCCAAAGACCAUUGCUCUCUUUUUAACGUUUGUAUUCCUUUCGGUUAUUCCCCAUUUUCAUACAUGUGUUUAUUACUUUUUUUUGUCAAUGUUUUUAAUAAUAUAUCGUUUAUAUUUUCCUAGCGUGCCUGAUAGGAUUUCCUGCGCUGGUUUGAAGAGUGAGUACAUGUUGGAAAGGGCAAAGAAAGGCAACAACAACCUUUAAAUAGUCAAGUUGUAUACAUAGAAAUAAUAACAAUAUAAAUGAAUUAUCGUAAAAAUGAAUAUAAAUAGUGCAUUUUGAAAUAAAUCGGACCUAAUCCUCUCAUGCCAUGCUAUGCUAUGCUAAGCUAACUAAUUGAAAUCUGUAAAUCCGGGGUGUCCAAACAUUUUCCAGCAAGGGUCGCAUACAUAAAAUUAAAAAAUAUAAUAUUUUUUUAAUAAUAAAACCUCUAAAGCAGGGGUGUCAAACGUACGGCCCGCGGGCCGGAUCAGGCCCACGAACAGGUUUUAUCCGGCCCGCGGGAUGAGUUUGCGAAAUUUUGGAAUGAAAGAAACUGCUCUUCUAAAUGUGUCCACUAGAUGUCGCAAUAGCAAUUCUUUGUAUAAUUUUAGAUGAUGCUACAUAUGUAAAAAAAAAACAAAAAAAACACAUGAUCUUAGUGCACCAGUUGAGAAAAAUUAGCAAACUACAUAAAUAACAUCCUGUAAUUUGAUUUUGAUAUUUUUUUAUCUUAAUAGAUUGAAAAUUACACCUAUGAGUUGACUGAUGAACAUUAUCCCAUCAUUUAUUCAGAAAGUAUAAGUAACGACAAAUGAAGAUAGAAUACUAUUAACUGCAACAUGUAUGUGUAGAAAAACCCAUCAACAUUAUGAUUUGUUCAUUUUCAGAAUGUGCUUGUUCUAUUUUUAAACAAACAAAAAAAUCUGAAGUUGUCUUUAUUUUUAAGUUAUCGUGCCGUGAUUUUACCAGUCCGGCCCACCUGGGAGUAGAUUUUUCUCCAUGCGGCCCCCGAUCUAAAAUGAGUUUGACACCCCUGCUCUAAAGGCUUAGUGGCCACAUGCGUGGACAGCACCUUUUAGCUCUUAUUUCCAAAAUUGUGUACACUACUGAAUUGGGGUCUAAUGGCCACUUAUGUGGACACUUACACUGCCAUCUGGUGGUGUCAGAAGAGUAUAACAUACAAUGGAAUUUGGGGGAAAAAAAGUGUAAAAAUAAGAAUUAGCAUGUCACUAAACAUGAAGUACACGUUUGUGUACUUAUGGACUAAGUACAUCAUAUCAAAAGAUGAUUCUUAGUUUUUAUUCUAAUUCGGGUCCAAUAAGCCCGAAUAGCAAAGAGAAAUUAAAAAAAGCAUGUAAACAAACCUUAAGAGGUUUUUAAAGAUCUUAAAAAAAUUCCAAUUUACUUCAACGUAUGCUAAACUGCCCAAAACAAAACACAAAGUACAGUAGCUUUGUGCUAUACUUAGCUAAUUACUCUGUUAAAACAAAUCUAUGGGUUUUACCGGCAGCUCGGUCAUGGGAAUUUGACGGUAAAAUUGUCCGUGAAUUACUGUAAAUUUUAAAACGCUACCGUUGUUAUUUUUACGGCAACAUUUUGGGGACUCAGCUUCCAUUUAUUUUUACCGUAGAAUCCACGGCCAUUUUCACCUUGCGUUACUGGAAAUGGCAAAAAAACGGUUGCGUUUUUAAUUUUUUGCAGUUUUUCCACUGUGAAAUCUACGGUGGUUGUUUUUACAGCGCAUUACUGUACGUUGGACAUUCUGGCGACUCAGGUGGAUCUACUACAUUUUUUGUUUCUACGGUGUUCUAGUGUCUUAUCUACAAACCCCAGAACCAGUGAAACUGUCACGUUGUGUAAAUGGUAAAUAAAAAGACAAUACAAUGAUUUGCAAAUCCUUUUCAACUUAUAUUCAAUUGAAUAGACUGCAAAGACAAUAUAUUUCAUGUUUUUUGCAAAUAAUCAUGAACUUAGAAUUGAAUGGCAGCAACACAUUGCAAAAAAGUUGUCAGAGGGGCAUUUUUACCACUGUGUUACAUGGCCUUUCCUUUUAACAACACUCAGUAAACGUUUGGGAACUGAGGAGACACAUUUUUGAAGUGGAAUUCUUUCCCAUUCUUGCUUGAUGUACAGCUUAAGUUGUUCAACAGUCUCCCUUCGCAUAUUUUAGCCUUCACACAUUUUCAAUGGGAGACAGGUCUGGACUACAGGCAGGCCAGUCUAGUACCCGCACUCUUUUACUACGAAGCCACACUGUUGUAACACGUGGCUUGGCAUUGUCUUGCUGAAAUAAGCAGGGGCGUCCAUGAUAACGUUGCUUGGAUGGCAACAUAUGUUGCUCCAAAACCUGUAUGUACCUUUCAGCAUUAAUGGCGCCUUCACAGAUGUGUAAGUUACCCAUGUCUUGGACACUAAUACACCCCCAUACCAUCACACAUGCUGCCUUUUACACUUUGCGCCUAGAACAAUCCGGAUGGUUCUUUUCCUCUUUGGUCCGGAGGACACGGCGUCCACAGUUUCCAAAAAACUAUUUGAAAUGUGGACUCGUCAGACCACAGAACACUUUUCCACUUUGUAUCAGUCCAUCUUAGAUGAGCUCGGGCUGGGUGUUGUUGAUAAAUAACUUUCGCUUUGCAUAGUAAGAGUUUUAACUUGCACCUUCUCAGUUCAAACUUUAAGUAUCUUGUCUUUGCAGUCCAGUCAAUUGAAUAUAAGUUGAAAAGGAUUAGCAAAUCAUUGUAUUCUGUUUUUAUUUACGUUUUUACACAACUUCACUGGUUUUGGGUUUUGUACACCGUAUUUCCUUGAAUAGCCGCAGGGGCGCUAAUUAAUUUAAAACCUCCUGUCACUCCGGCGCUUACCAGAAGCCUGCGGGAUGGCCAAGCAUGCGCUAAUUAUUUUAAAACCUCUUCUCACUCCGGCGCUUACCUUAUCAUGAAAAGCACAUUUAAUAAAAAAAACGUUAUUAUUGUCUUACCUCUAGGUAUAAAUGAGUCCAUGCCAGCUCAUUUUGAACAAAAGCAUCGAUAUAGAAGUCUUCCUUAUCUUUCUUCAGUUUUAAAGCUCUCUCUGUCUCGAUGGAGUUCUUCCUUGUAAGUAUUACCUCCUGCUUCGAUUGAAAGUCCAGUUUAGAAAACGGUCUUAUUUUAAAUAUGUAAUCCUCCAUGUUAAAAGUCCAAGCAAACAAUGGCUGCGCACUCUUGCUGCCGGUUGUCUUCUUCUGCAGUACCAGCAGUCGCAAGAAGGAUCAUUAGCGCCCUCUACCACCAGGAGGCGGGAGUCAUUUAAUGACUCAUAUUUGACCCGGCGGAAGUGCCAAGCAUGCGCUAAUUAUUUUGCGAAACGAGUUUGACCCGGCUGUAAUUCGAGGCAUGCGAAUACCAUAUUCCCGGCGCCAAUUCAAGGAAAUA